GCUCCCGGAUUCUUCUACAAAGUGUUCUGGAAACGAGAAGACAUUCCAGGUGCUAAAUGGGAGACCGUUAUAAUUAAAGACUGGCAACAGAACGAGUACGUCAUAGAGGAUCAGCCGACGUUUAAAGAGUACCGAUUGAAAGUAGAAGCUCACAAUAGGGCUGGUCAGGCUCAUGUUUCUGCUACUGAAGUAUUAGGUUACUCUGGAGAAGACCGGCCCUUGGAAGCUCCCCAGAAUUUCAAAUUAAAUUUUAUAAAGAAUGCACACUCAGCCAUGUUUUCGUGGGACCCUGUUCCUCCUCAGUCCAUUCGUGGUCAUUUUAAAGGAUACAAGGUUCAAACCUGGACACCAGAAGAAGGAGAAGACAGGUUAAGAGAGGUUACUGUUCCACCCAAUGUAACCCAGACCUUAGUUACCAUCUUUAAACCUUUCUCACGAAACAUUGUACGAGUCUUGGCUUUCAACAGGAUGUAUUCUGGACCACCAUCAAAUGAAGUUGAAUUUACUGCAACCAGAAGGAACUCCUGGACCAGUAGCAAGUUUUGAUGCUAUUCCCAUGGGCUCAAGUGCCCUGUAUUUAAUUUGGAAGCGCCCCGUGGAUCAAAAUGGCAUCUUGACAGGAUACAGAAUUUACUACGAAGAAGUCGAUGGGACGAAAUUGGGAACUAAAGUGGAGCGACCUCCAAUUACUGACCCACGAGAAACCCGUGCUAAGCUGGCAUCCUUGCAGCCAGAUACUAAAUAUCGUAUCACCAUCAGGGCAACAACUAGUAAAGGACAGGGGGAGCCGUACUACAUUGAAGCUAGCACUAGCGAAGAAGCCGAGAGUGCUCCUGACAUGCCUGAGUUCAUCUGGUCUCGACUUCCUGAUGAAGAAGGAAAGGCAGGUGUUGAAGUUACGUGGGUUCCUGCUGUUGAGGGUCAUCCAGGCAGCCAUUUUUAUGUACAGUAUAAACGAAAAGGAGAGAAUCAGUGGGAAAGCACAGUAAUGGAAGAAACACAAGACACGCUUGCAGUGAAAGGCUUAGAGAGAAGUACACUGUAUGAGAUGAGAGUAGUGGCUGUUGACGGACGGUUCCAGACUCCUAGCAAAGUAGAAGAGAUCGAAACUGGAGGUUUAGGUACUGAAGAUACUGUUGUAUGUUACUAGAAGAAACUCAAGCAU